AUGUCGUACUACGAGAACAGCAAUCAGCAACAGCAAUGGCCCCCGGCAGGCCAGUCUGGCUGGGAUCACCAGACUCCCCCGGUCCGCUCCGGUCCGUUUGCGCUCCGAAGCGCCAGCUCUGCAGUCCCUCGAGAAGACGCGCAGGCUUUCACUCAUCAGUUGGAGGAGGUGGACAGGGCCAUCGACAACCUUGUCAAGAGCGGUAAGAUGUUCGGCAUGCCUGGUCGACGUGAGUCCAACCCUGCUCGCAACGCUUCCCCCGCCGCCGCCAGAUACCGGCCCGACCACGAAGGCCGCCAGGGAUCCAACGCCGGCCCCCGACCCCACUCGAUUCCCGACUUUGGCGAGUCGCGAGGUGGCCCUGGCCACCCGCCCUCGAACCUCCAGAACUUCUACUCCAACCAGAGACACCAGUCCUCCCGUGGCUCCAACGAGGCAGAGCAGAUGAUGCAGGCGAAGCGGAGGAUGGCGGCUCAGCGGGAGCGAGAGCUGCGAAACUACCAUCAGGAGCAGCAAUACAACCGAACUGUCCUCGCUGAUAUCCCCGCGUAUGGCGCCAAGCCCGACCGCACCAUCAGCCCUGCCAGCAUGUCGGAGGACGAGCGUCGCGAGCUGAUCGCGCGCCAGCGCAGUGCUCUCUACGGGGAAGGUCCGUUCGCCGAGACGGGCGGCUACGUCGAUGAGACUGGCACUCCCCGCCCCGGUCUCCCCGGCCCUCAUCCGGGUCCCGGCGCUCACCGCGGUCCCUCGCCUCUGGCCUAUGAGUAUGGUCGCACUCCGCCUGCCGAGGGUGCCCCUGAAGGCGGCCCUGGAUCGCAAUCCGCUGGCCCCAACCAGCGCUCGCGCGCCAACAGCAACGCCAGCCCCCAGUCCAAUCCCGCCGGUAACAAGGGCGUGUUUGAGGCUCCGGGCGCCCAGCACUCGAGUCGCACUAGCACCUCGUCGCCCGGCGACUCCCCGAGCAACAAGUCUGGCCCCGGUGGCAGCACUGUUGCCCCGAUCGGCACGCGGCCUUCUGCCGGCUCAGCCGGCUCCGUGGCAAGCGCGCCGAACCCGGCCCUUAACAAGCGGUCGACUACGCCGCUUCCCUCGCCUCUGAGCCACGGUUUCAGUGCCGCCGACAGCGGCGACGAGAAGGGCACCCCAGGCAGUGCGGCCGCUACCAAUUCUUCCACCAGCGCUACCGACGGUUCCGCCUCCGUCGGUAUGUCGGGCUGGAGCGGUCGCGGCGGCGGCGUCUGGGGCAACAACAAGUCUGGCUUGGGAGUCCAGGCUAGUGUCUGGGGCUAG